GGCAAGGGAUGCUCCCAUGAGUUGCCAUAGAACCCCCUGCCAUUCAGCGGCCGUUGUGGCCCAAGGCAAUCUCGAACGAAGCGCUCCCGUGCCAUCCGACCGCACCGUGGUGCCCCACUGUAGCCACCGCAGCCUUCUCAACCAUGCGCGCCGGUCUGCUCGUACUGGUCCUCGCCGCCGCCGCGGGUGAGCGGGGCGCCGCGGCGACCCGCGCCAACCCGGUCCGCAAGGUCGUCCAGAUGCUCCAGGCUAUGCAGAAGAAGGUGACUCAAGAAGGAUCGGAGACCGAGUCCGAAUUGUUCUCGAAGUUCAUGUGCUAUCCAGACUGGGUCUGGCGACCUCUCCAAGAGCAUCAGCGACGCGGAGACGAAGCUCCCCCAGCUCGCCAGCGAGCUGAAGGACUCCGAGGCCACGCUCGCGGAAACGAAGGAGGGCCUGAAGCAGGACCAGGAGGACCGCUCUGCCGCCAAGGCUGCGAUCGCGGAGGCGACGGGGAUCCGCAAGAAGGAAAACGCCGCCUUCGUCGCCGCCAAGGACGAGUACGUCGCCAACAUCAACGCGAUCGUGAAGGCCACCACGGCUCUACAGAAAGGAAUGGCGGGCUCCUUCCUGCAGACUCAGUCGGUCAACGUCCUGAAGAGAAUCCUGCGCUCACAGGCUACGCAGGACAUGCUCGAGGAGGACAGGCAGACGCUGUUGUCCUUCUUGUCCGGCAACCCGUUCUCGCAGGGCUACGCCCCGCAGAGCGGGCAGAUCGUUGGUUUGCUGAAGCAGCUUGGGGACAGCAUGGCCACCAGCCUGGCAGAGAGCAUGAUCGCUGAGGAGAAGGCGGUCUUCGCGUACGGCGAGCUCAUGAAAGCCAAGAAGGCGGAGGUGAAUUCCCUGACGGAGGCGAUCGAGGCCAAGACGACGAAGAUCGGCGACCUCGGCGUUGCCAUCGUGCAGAUCAAGGACGACAUGGGUGACACGUCCGACAGCCUCGCAGAGGACAAGACUUUCCUGACGGAGCUGGAGAAAGGAUGCGACACGAAGGCUGCGGAGUGGGAGGAGCGCAAGAAGACCCGCGCGGCCGAGCUCCUGGCCCUCGCGGAGACCAUAAAGAUAUCCGGGGGCACGUUGGCGGAUUGAACGAUGACGAUGCUCUUGAGCUCUUUAAGAAAACGUUGCCAGCUCCGGGUGUUGGCCUUAUGCAGGUAGACGUGACCUCGGCUACCAUGCGCAAAGAGGCGUUGGCAGCAGUGCGGUCAGCUCGCCGCGCGGACCAGCAAGGCCACACGAAGUUGGACCUCAUCAUGCUGUCUCUCUCUGGUCGCCAGGUGUCCUUCGCAAAAGUUGUCGCAAUGAUCGAUGACAUGGUGGCUAUGCUGAAGCAAGAACAGCUCGAUGACGAGCAUAAGAAGGAGUAUUGCGAACUCCAGUUUGAUGACUCCGACGACAAGAAGAAGUCUCUCGAGUUUAUGUUGGAGAAGACUACCAACUCCAUCGACAAGACGGAGAACGGGAUCGCACAGGCCACGGAGGACAUUGCGACCCUGAUUGCCACGAUCAAAGACCUUGAUGCAUCUGUCGCAGAGGCUACGGCCCAGCGCAAAAGCGAGAACGAGGAGUUCAAGGCGCUGAUGGCCUCAGACUCUGCUGCCAAGGAGCUGUUGGAGAUAGCCAAAAACCGCCUCAAUCAGUUCUACAAUCCAUCCCUCUACACGCCUCCAGCCAAGACGGAGUUGUCGGCCGAGAGCAGGAUCGUUGUCAGCAUGGGCAACCCGGACGACAUCGUGACGACCACGCAGCCUGGCGGCAUUGCCAACACUGGUGUCACCGUCUUCGCGCAGGUAUCCGCGCACCGCCAGGCUGUGGGCGUCGCACCUGCACCGCCGCCGGAGACUUGGGACGCGUACGCGAAAAAGGGCGGAGAGUCUACGGGCGUGAUAGCAAUGAUUGACUUACUCAUCAAAGACCUUGACACUGAGAUGACCGAGGCCGAGACUGACGAGAAGGAGUCGCAGAAGGACUACGAAAGCAUGAUGGCCGAGUCUGCGAAGAAGCGCGCCGAGGAUUCCAAGACACUGGCAGAUAAGGAGAAAUUGAAGGCGGACCUCGAGAUGGACCUCACCGAGUUCAAGCGGACCAAGCUCGCGACCUUCAAGGAACUCCAGGCCACCAUGAAGUAUAUCGCGGCUAUGCAUGCUGAGUGCGACUGGCUCGUGCAAUUUUUUGAGACACGCAAAGAGGCGCGCAAUGGCGAGAUCAAGUCGUUGACGGACGCGAAGGCUGUGCUGAGCGGGGCAAGCUACUCCUUGAUUGAGCAGGAUGCCCGCCAUGGCUCCCUCCGUGGAGCAUGAGCUAUAGCAGCGCUCACCGUCUUGUGACGAAGAUUGGAUCCCGUGCGAGAAUAAGUAGCAUCACACAUAUUC